UUUGCCGCUGAAAUCUGCCUUUUUUCCAGUGAGAUGAGAUUUAAACAAUCUUCAUAAGUUUUUUGAGUUUAGCAUUCAAGCUUCAGCUGAGUUCGACAGUUCAAGAAAUGAAAGGAAGUGGUAAGUUGUGAUUGACAUGCGAAUGACUUCCAGUAAAAUCAAGUUCUUCACACUGAGAUGCCCUUGAACUUUAUGGUUAGUGAAAAGGGCUACUGAAUUGGUUUCGAAGAUUGAAUGUCAGACCUUUUGCUCAUCCUACUUUUCCAGUGUGAAAAUCUUGCAGGACUGAUGUUCUUAACUGAGGAUCUCUGAGAGCUGGGGUACGUAGCUAGGAAGACGAUUACGUUAACUUAUGGGCUUUUUGGAAGUUUCUUGCUAUUCACUUGUGUUUUUGCAGGCUUCUUUCGCGAAAGAUAUUCUCUUUGGCUUAAUUGUAGACACAGCUGAAUAUAAUAAUGAAGGUUUAACGAAGAAUUGUUUCUUCUUGGACGUUUGGGGAAUAUUACAGAAGUGUAGCUUUCUUAUAUUCGUAUUCCGUAACGUCGCUCGCAUUAAGAGACACAUCGUCGAUGUUCGCAUUAUGGCAGAAAAAACUGAAAACGCUUCAGAAGCCGACGAACAAGCAGUCGAAAGUCAAUCAUGUGUUUAUUAUAUUAAGUGGGUGGAUGUGGAGGGUGUUGAAUAUGCAGUUGUGAUGCAAAACGAAAAUGGGCCGUGUCCGUUGCUGGCCGUUAUCAACGUGCUUCUUUUGCGAGGGCAGAUUACCUUACCAUGUGGUUCUACAGAAGUCAGUGAAAAGAAAUUACUGCAGUUCGUUGCAGAUUGCAUACUUCGUCUCAAACCCAUAGACAUCGAUGAAGCCGAAUUACCAAAUUAUGAGCAGAAUGUAUCAGAUGUACUGGCUUUGAUACCUUCUUUACCUAAGGGCCUCGAUGUGAAUAUUCAUUUUACUGGAGUAAAGACAUUUGAAUACACUCCAGCAUGUGCAUUGUUUGAUAUUCUGAAUAUACCAUUAGUGCACGGUUGGAUUAUCGACCAGGGUGAUGAGGAAUUAUUGAAAGUGGUGGAUGGAUUAAGUUACAAUCGGAUAGUGGAAAAAAUUGUUAGUACGAAUAAUGAACCCGAAAAUUAUAUGCUGAGAAAUUUCCUAGAUUCGAGUGCAUCUCAACUGACAACACAGGGGAUUGCCGAACUUCUAUCAAAUCUUAACGAUGGUGAAAUCGCUGUGCUUUUCCGAAAUAAUCAUUUCCAAACACUAGCAAAACAAAAGGACGCACUUUAUGUUCUAGUUACUGAUAUGGGAUUUCUCGGAGAAUCUGCGGUUGUGUGGGAAACAUUGGAUUGUGUUGAUGGGAACUCUACCUUCGUCAAUGCAGUUUUCAGCACAUCGAGCAUCCUUGCUAACGAGAGUACUGAUUACUUGUUGGCUCUCUCCAUACAAGAAGCCGAAAAAGAAAGCAUACAAAAUCGAAGCACGCACAUAAACGAAGUAAAUCUGUCAGCUGAAGAACAUGAUGUGCAUCAUGAAGUUCCACGAAUACGCACAUUACCUUCAUCAGCUCAAGCUGUACGACCAAGCAAAAAUUACAACUGCUUGAUAUUGUAAAACAGUGGCUGCCAAUGGAAAAAUGUUGUCAGAAUCUAUUAAAAGAGCCUCACUGGAAUAUCUUCAGUUCGUUGCCUUGUCAGAGAUUGGGUAACUGCAAGUGGUGCACCUUCAAUUUUGUUUCGACAUUUUUAUGAAGAUGCCAAUCAAUUCAAUACAAAUUUUGUUUAGUAUCCAAAAUCAGCUUGCUGAGGUGCCGAAAUGAUCAUAAAUUUUUAUCGAUCAAUUAUUAGUCAUGCCGAUAUCCUAAAUUUUGUAAAUUUUAUUAAUUUCAUGUUGGAGUUUCAACUUUCCUUUCGAACAAUACAUAUGUCUAGUCUGUCUGAGGUUUCCUGAAUCGCUCUUUUCCCACCCUAUUUUGAAAGAAGAAAUUAUGUGCUAUCGUAUCGUUUUUGUCCGUUGUUGUCAUACUAGUAUGCAAGAUUUUGCGUUUUGAAUUGGGAAAUAUCUGAGAUAUAUCGGUCUCUUUGUUCAAGAAAUGAGUAUAUUAUGCAUACUAAUUUCAUUUUUAUAAACUUCCAAAUCAUAUACCUAGUAACAGAAAACAGAUGAACAUUUUUCGUUAACUAACUCAUGAAUUUAUAUAAAUGUGUUUAUUUUGUGUACAUGAAAGAACAUCACGCCUUUUUUCCUAAGAGAUUUCUUGUACAUUUUCAUCCCUUGUUACUGUAUUAUUUCUUGCUUUAUCAAAUAUAUAAUUGUACUUGAAGCUCAGAAAUUCAUUGAUUCUAAUUAUUGUGCGUAUACUUUUCUUGCAAAGUUUGUCCCUUAAAUUAUUCUGUUUCUUGUAAUCAUAAAGAGUGCUUUGAAAUUUCUUGCUUUCGAAUUCCCUCUUUUGUUGGUUUAUUUCCUCGAAUUUAGUAUAUUCUUUUUUAAAUAUGUAUAUAAGUAAACGAAUGUGAAAUGAGCAAAUGAGCACAAGCAAACAUGAAUAAAAU